CUGCUACUUGCAUCGAGCACCUACGCCGGCUCGCUACCUAAGACAUCACUCGAUAUCAUCAAAAUCACGAAUACUGCGCCGCCGGAUCAUGGUGCCACGAAGCUCGAGCAGCAGAGAGGAGGGAGGAUGUACGCCCCCGCUUCGUUGUUCGGCCUCGCCGCCGCUGCUCUUACUCGCCGCCGCGGCCGCCGCCGGCCUGUUCGCCGGGGGAGGGGCGAUGGCCACAGCCGGCGGCGUGGUUGAAGCAGCAUCAACAACACAUACGGGCGUAGGAGAACAACAUCGACGCCAUCAUCAUCACAACAAUCACCAUCACAGAAAAGACGCGGCCACGGCGUGGGUGGUGACGCCCGUCGGGGGGGGCUUCGCUUCCCCCAGGAGCGGCGUCAGGAAAGCGACGAACGCCUUGAAUCCCGACCGUUCGGCGUCGUCUUCACGCCUUGCGGCCGUCAACCCGAGACAGCAGCAGCAGGGAGUGCUCGCUGGGAGGCUUUCUCGCCACCUCAAACAUGGGGCCGCCACCGGCGCCGCCGGUGCCACCAGCGGUGGCAGUCCGAGCGGGGGCGGCGAUGUGGAUGGCGACGGCGGGGGAGUUUCGCGUGGGGCAGCGACGACAACGACGGAGGCGGCGGCUGGAGUAGUUGCCCAUGGCGGCGUAGCCACGUCGGAGAUGGAGGACGGCGGCGGUCCUGCGGACGAGAUCCACCUGGCGGCGACUGCGCUCGCUGGCGGCGGGAGUAUCGACGGGGUCUACACGAACAGCACCCUCAUCCCGGCGGGUCGAACAGAGGGUAUCCAUCCUCCUGUGUCCCACCAGGGCGACCACCCGCAGCAGCUCGUGAGCGACAUCCUCGACAUCGUGGGCAACUCCAUGACCACGGCGGAUAUCGAGAUGCCCGUAGAUGCUGCUGGUGCAGCUAUCCCGCUCUCCGACCGCCCGGGAUCCGGCAGCAGCAUCAGCACUGCUUUUGAUGACGACGCUGAUGGUACCUCUGAUGCUGAUGCAGCAGUCAUUGGUGAGGUCGAAAUUUCCCCUUCUGCCUUGGAAGUGGUUGCGGGCACCGAAGACAAGCCUGCUGAGGCCGUAUACGGAGACAAUAGCUCUAACCUCGGCAUGGUAACCGAGCUCGUGGCCUUCACGCUGCCGCUGCUGGUCGUGUGGCUUUCCAACCCCAUCAUGUCGUUGGUCGACACCGCGGUCGUGGGGGCUCAGAGCUCCGUCGAGCUCGCGGCGCUUGGACCGGGUACAUCGGUGUGCGACAACCUGGCCUACAUGUGCGGCUUCCUCGCUCAGGCAUGGCUUGUUCUACUCGCGGACACAUCCUUGACCCUAAGCACAGCUGUCGUCAUCGGUUACGCUUACUCCCCCCUCCCCCCCGAGAGAGAAGAACAGACUCUCAGGAAAGAAUCCGAGGAUAAGGAGGGUCUAGAAGUGUACGGAAUGUUGAAGGAAGGAAUAAGGUUCAAGGAUUACCUACAUGGACCAAUGGAUGCAGGGACAAAGCUUAAGGUCAAAUUCAGGACCGGGGACAUGGGCCUUCGGGAACGUCGACGAAGACAUAGGACGGUAGACGACAAGACGACGAGUUCAAAUGUGAUUGCGGCUUCGAAUGCGAAGACCGUCCUCAAGGCAGACCGGGCUACCCGCACCGGAAUCUUUGUCGGUCUCGGCGCGGGCGUGGUCGCCUCGGCUGCCCUUCUGAGAUACGGCCGGAUGCUCCUGCAGCUCUUUCUUGGCGGGAACCCAGCCGUGUCUUCCGUGCUUCCGCAUUCUUGCUCGUACGUGUACAUCCGGGCCAUGGGCUUCGUGGCCGUGACCGUGUCGAUGGUGCUCCAGUCGGCUUACCUCGCUCGGAAGGACAUCGCCACGCCAAUCAAGUCCGUGGCCGGAGCAUCGGUGGCAAACCUCGUCCUUGACUGCGUGGCAGUGUUCGGGUUAGGGAUGGGGAUCAAGGGAGCGGCUCUGGCGACCACCGUCGCCCAGUGGGUCGGUCUGGUGUACCUGGUUAAGGAGUUCUGGCCGGAUCUGCAGAAGAGCGGACAGGUGUCCUUCUUCCCUUACCGCAAGGAGCUCAAGACCUUCCUCCAGCUCGGAGCCCCUACGUGCCUGGCCUUGUCGGGGCAGGUGGCCACGUGCGUCGCUGUUACGGUUGCGGCAUCGGGAUGCGACACGGUCGCGCUGGCCGCGCACCAGAUCCUUUACGGCGUGUUCCUGCUCUUCUGCCCCAUUGGGGAAGCCGUGAGCCAGACGGUACAGACGUACCUGCCGGGAUAUACCGUGAAGCGCCCUCCGCGCCGGGACGGAAGGCCCAGAAGAACGCUAACCUUCGGAAAGUCGGCCGUGCGCAUGAUCAAGGUGAUCUCGGCCGUGUCUCUGGGCAUCGGGGCCGUCAACACGGUCCUCGGAUACGUCCUGACCGCUGGCCUGCCGUGGAUCUUCACCCCGGACCGCGCGGUGUGGGCAGCGGUGCGGGACAUUUCGCCCCUCUGCGGGCUGUCCCUCGGUCUGUACGGCAUCACCAUGGCGUUUCAGGUGUGUACAGCAGCAGCACCGUAA